GGGGGCGUAUGAAGGUAAUAUAUUUAGAUUUAUGUGAAAGGUGUUAAAAAAGUGGUGUUAGCCUAUGAUUAAAGGGGUGAAGAGGUGGAGGUAGGGUUAGAGUGACAGCUCGUCACACAGGGAGUGGUUUGUCCGCUUUUAAAAGACGUUGUCUCGACCUACCUGGCCUCUUUUCCCUGACGUUUUUAGCUAGCAUUUGUUAGCUAGCUAGCUUGCCCGAUCGUUUUUCCUUCGCCCUUCUCAACCAGACCAACGGUGUUUUGUUUUUUCUAACUCGUUUGGUGGAGAAAAGCAAGAGGAAGACGUCUUGCAGUCAUGUCUACAAAGGGGCCUUCUACGAAGAUUAGGAGUAAUGCUUCUUGGAACUCUGAUGAUGAUGAUUUUCAACAAGGGAGACCAGUAUUACAGAAUAUAAGUCAACUCUUAAAUCAGACCACUGGCGUAAUAAGAAAAAGAAGUCGAGCUGAACGCUCUAAGAAAGCUGAAAGAGGGUCGUCUCUACCUCUACAAAAGCGACAAUGUGGUGCAGGGGUUUUGAUAAACCCAUGCUUUGAAAACCAAAGACCCCGUCAGCCCUGUGAGUCACCGCAACUAUUUGGGGGCAAUGUUAUACCCAUGCCAUCUCGCGUUCGCAGAAUAAGGAAGACCACUAUUGGGACGCUAAAUGCUGUCGCAGAUUUACAGAGAGUGCAUCCCGGGUCAGAGGAGUUGUUCGCACCCUCAUUGGAUGCAUCAGAUUUCCCAGAGAGACAGCGUGAUGCGCCUCAACAAUUUUUACAAUGGGGGGAUGUGGCAGAGCUCCAGGACAUAGCUGGGACGGCGGUGCCCAGGGACGUAAUUGCCCCAAUCCAGGAGCUACCUCAAAGCGGAGCUGAAGAGGCACCCUUUGAAGGAGAAAGCAAAGAAUCAUCAGAGACCGACCGCACCUCGAUUUCACCUGAGCAGGAAGCCUGUCAGUGCCAUGGGAACGAGGGUGAUGUAGAAUGUGAUUGUGUGUGUUAUAUUCCAAACACCCCCAUCAGUCAGAGACCCAAAGCUAAAGUAAUCCCACAGGCUCAUGCAACAUCAGACGUCUCUGUAAAUACAGAAGAUAUUGAUGAGGCAUUUCAAUGUGGUCAAGUAUUGGAUUGUUCUAGUACCAACAGCAGUCUUGAAGCAGUUGAUCACAUAAACCGUCCUGCAAAGAUAACAGUAGUUGAGGAUGAGGCCCUCUUCGAAUUCUGUGCGAAACUUCACGCGACACACCGUGUCAAAUGCGAUACAUCGCCAGCUAGAAUCCAAAGUUGA